AUGUCAGAUGACCAAGAUCCAGAAGAAGCUGACGCCUCUAUACUCAGAGAAUCAGAGAAUGCUCCUCUUCCUAGCCACCCAGAAUUUCCACUAAUUGAGGCAUCCGUCUUUCCUCAAUCAUCAAAAGACAAUGAGAAAGAAGUGGAUACAAAGAAUGAACCAGAUACACAAUUGAGCGAGAUAUAUGGAGAAAGUAGGUUUCAAGCUAAAUAUAGACAAUUGUUGAACAACAAGCAAGAUUUCAUGUCUUUUUUUGGAAAAAGCGCUAAACCCAAAUCACCAGUAUCCAGCUACAACUCACCAGAACCACUACUGCCUCAUCAUGCCACUAGUAACCCUCUUAUAUUACAAGAUCCAGAACAUUUGCUAUUUGAUCAAGAGAUUGCAAACCUCACAGAAGACGGCUCUCUAAAAGAUAACAGUUCAACAAUCAAUGGGAAUGUGGCUCCCAAUACCACUGAGAGAGAUUUAACGGGACUUAAGCUACUAGAGGCUAGAUCAAAUAGUAUUGAUGAGGUGAUUUCACAGUUGUAUCAAAAAGAAAAUGAUAGUACAGACGAGUUUAAUCAUGUUCGUGAUGCUGGAAUAUUGGAUAAACCUCACACUGAGAAGGAAUCAUUUUCAAUGUUGCUUAAAGAUAAAAGAGGCCCCAUGAAAUAUUUGAUGGCAAUAUUUUUGUUGAUAUUAUCACUUGUUUGUGCUUUAAUAUUUAGCAGCUUCCCAUUAUUUUCCUGCCAGCAUAAGAAUGGAGCAUGUUUCCCUCAAUUGACUGUUCAGAUUACUGAUAAGUCACCUGCAGCAAAAACUGCGUUAGUUACUGUUAAGGAGGCGUUGAAAGUGUUAACGUAUUUGGCCAUGGAUUUCGGUGAUUCCUCAAGUGAAUUAGAUUUGAUUAAUAGUAGGCUUGAUACCUAUUAUCAGGAAAAAGUAAUUGAUACAUUUUCAGUGAAUACUCUUUAUCAGUUGAACUUUUUGGGUUACUGUCGUAUUAGUUCAAGAAAAGGAAGAAAUUUUUGCAUGAAAAGUUUUGGUUUAGACCUUUUAUCAGUGUUUGUUAGGGAUGCAGGCGUUCAAUUGGGUGAAUUAACUAGAACUAAUGUUGAUAUAAUGGGUGACAGUUUUGCCAUUGCUUAUGAGUUAGCCAUCACAGGAUUUAAUCAAUUCACAAACAAGGAAAAUCAUUCAGUUGAAUACAUUGACUAUGCAAUUUUGUUACAAAAGUUUAGUAAAGGCUUGGGGUUCUUAACGGUUUCACAGUUUGUCAUAGGAUGUGUCUUAUUAGCUUUUGCAAUAUUGCUACUGGUUCUCAAGUAUAAAUUUGUUUUGAAAAGAUUGAGCAUGUCACAGAGCUAUAUAGUUAAAAAAUGGUUCUUGAUUUCAAUGGUGAGCUUAUCAUUUCUCAAUUUAUUCACUGGGUUUUUGAUUUGUUCAUUGACUUUUGAGUUUAUUUUAAGGCUAUCAGAAGUUGGGCAGAAUGUUGGUAUUGCAAAUGUCAAUCGGGCUUCUGGUUUCUCUUUUAUAUGGAUUACAUUUGUGUUUGAAGUUUUCACCUGUUGUUUUGUUAUUUAUUUGGCUAAUGGGUUUAGAAAACGGAUGUUUUAA